CCUCCACCUCACAAGCGUCUGAAUUCCGCUACUCUUGAAGCUCAACGCAUGGAGAAAAUGGGUAUCAAUGGAGCAGGUGACGGUCAUGCUGACAUUGAUCGUGUCGCUGUACUUGACUUUGGAGCGCAGUACGGAAAGAAUUACGAAAGGGCGAACAAACCAUCGCUUAUGACUCACAAUGUACACUAUGCUUUUAAGGUGAUUGACCGCCGAGUACGUGAGGCAAGUGUCCUUUCGGAAAUGUUCCCUUUAAAGACGAGUGCAAAGGAGAUUCUGAAAAAAGGAAAUUUCAAGGCGAUCAUAAUCUCAGGUGGUCCGAACUCAGUUUAUGUCGAAGGUUCUGCGCAGCCUGAUCCGGAGCUUUUCCUCUGUGGUUUGCCAAUAUUAGGGAUAUGUUACGGCUUUCAGCUAAUAAAUAAGGCACACGGUGGAGAUGUGGCUAGGGAACAAGUCAGGGAGGAUGGUCAGUGCAAGGUCUGGCUGGAUACUUCCUGUGAGCUCUUCCAUGGUCUCAACGAAAGCGAGGAGGUACUUCUAACCCAUGGUGAUUCUGUCACAGAAAAAACCGUAGCACCUGGUUUCAAAGUUGUUGCAAAAAGCGGCGGGCAUGUUGCAGGUAUCGCAUGUCCUGAAAAGCGACUUUAUGGAGUGCAAUUCCAUCCAGAAGUCGAUUUAACACCAAGUGGACGGAAAAUGUUUGAUAAUUUCCUCUUCCGUAUAAGUGGCUGUUCUAGCUCCUAUACGAUGGCUAACCGUGAACACAUGUGUAUCGAAGAAAUACGGAAGACUGUCGGAGAUAAAAAAGUUUUGGUGCUUGUCUCUGGCGGUGUGGACUCGUCAGUUUGUGCAGCAUUGUUGAGUCGUGCACUUGGGCCGAGUCGUGUCACGGCGAUUCACAUUGAUAACGGAUUUAUGAGAAAAGAUGAAAGCGAUCAUGUCAUAGAAAGUCUCAAGGAAAUUGAUCUGCCGGUUCACAGAGAAUAUGCUGGCCUCAAGUUCAUGGUUGCCACUGCUUCCGGGAAAACAGGUGAAGGCGAGCCGUUGGAUCGAACAGUCGAUCCUGAACUGAAGAGACAGAUCAUUGGAAACACUUUCAUUCGAGUGAAGGAUCGUGUUAUGGAAGAGUUGAAACUCGAUAAAGAGGACUACUUCCUUGCACAAGGGACUUUGCGGCCAGACCUGAUCGAAAGCGCCAGUGAAAUUGCAAGUGGGCAUGCUGACGUAAUCAAAACCCAUCACAAUGAUACCGCUCUUGUGAGGGAACUACGUGCAUCAGGACGUGUCAUUGAACCCUUGAAAGAUUUCCAUAAAGAUGAAGUUCGUGAGCUAGGGCGAACACUUGGCCUUCCUGAGCAGUUAGUUAAUCGGCAACCAUUCCCUGGACCAGGAUUAGCUAUAAGAAUUAUCUGCGCUCAGAAGCCGCAUAUUUGCAAUGAUUUUGGGACCACACAUCAGUGUCUCAAUGUCCUCACAAAUUUACGGCGUCAACCAGCAACGGCCCUUGAAGUGGAGUACCGGGAAAAGAUGUUGGCCGCAAUGAAUGGUUGGGAAAUUUCUGAGCUGAUGACACAAUCGUUUGCUAUUAACGCUACUUUACUACCGAUUAAAACCGUAGGAGUACAAGGUGAUAGUCGAUCUUACUCUUAUGUUGCUGCUUUGUCCACUGCACAGCAGACUAUUCCUUGGCAAUUACUAGCUCGAUAUGCUGUUAUAAUCCCGAAACUACUUCAUAACAUUAACAGGGUCGUGUACGUUUUUGGUGGACCGGUCAAUUACCCGGUCACUACUAUCACUCCGACUUAUCUCAACGCAUUCACAGUAAAAACUUUGCAAGAGGCUGAUUAUUUGGCCACGGAAGCUUUGCACGGGAGACGGAUAGAUGGUAGCCGUGAUCCUGAUCUAGAAGAUCUCAGUAAGAAAAUCCAACAGGUACUCUCCUCCCAUAUGCCUGUUGUGAUGAUUCCCGUUCACUUCGACCGCCCGCCUACAGAAAUCAAUUCCUACAAACGAUCUUUUGUAUUACGGCCAUUUAUUACCUCAGAUUUCAUGACUGGUAUUGCGGCGCUGCCGGGAAGGGAUAUCCCAGAAAAGAACGUAUUGGAAAUGGUACGGCGAAUCAGAACAUACGUCAAAGGAACUUCACGAGUCAUGAUUGAUCUAACUAGUAAACCUCCGGGCACGACGGAAUGGGAAUGA